UCGGAAAUGAAGUUUGAUAGUUUUAGGGGUAUGUAGAAGAAUACAUUGGAAUAUAAAUGACAUUGUCGUCUUAAUCAACAAGAUGAACAUCAGGUUUUGCUGCUUUACUCUGAUUUUGUGUCUCUACGGCGUUUAUCAUCACCAUCUUCUCAGCUAGCAACUAUGGCUGUUCCCGACGGGCCGACCAUCGUCAACGCCCUAGACCACCAAUCGCCUUCAGCAAGAAAUGGAGCGUCGAAACAACACAAGAAAUCCUCCAGUAACGAGACCCGAUCGAAGAGGCUUUCUAAACGUCGAAAAACUCGAUCUCUUCUACGACAACCAUGGACCAUUCCUUUCGCCCUCCUACUAGCAUUUAUCCUCCUGUAUUCUAUCAAUCCGACAGAGUCCAACGUUAUUCACAAUUUUAUAUUCCUUUCGUAUAAGCUCGAAAAUGAUGGCCCUGCGCAAUAUGGCAAAGGCCCUUGGGAUAUCGCCUUCGUUUGCUUCUAUACCAUAGUUUUGUCUUUCGCGCGAGAAUUCAUUAUGCACGAAUUAUUACGCCCUCUCGCUCGUCUGGGCGGUAUAAAAUCGCAAGCUAAACAGCCACGAUUUAUGGAGCAGAUGUAUGUAGCUGUCUACAUCACCUUCAUGGGACCCCUGGGCAUGUAUUGUAUGAAGAGGACGCCGGUAUGGUACUUCAACACACGAGGAAUGUACGAAUCUUUUCCUCAUAAGACACACGACGCCUGGCUUAAAUUCUACUACUUAUUCCAGGCUGCCUUUUGGUCGCAGCAGGCUCUUGUUAUGUUAUUAGGGAUAGAAAAGAGGCGGAAAGAUUUCAAGGAGCUUGUAGCGCAUCACAUUAUCACUAUAGCGCUCAUUGCCCUGAGCUACAGGUUCCAUUUUACGUACAUGGGUAUUGCCGUCUACGUUACACAUGAUAUUAGUGACUUCUUCCUCGCCAUAUCCAAGUCGCUGAAUUAUAUCGGAAGCCCCCUACAAGGACCAUCAUUUGGCUUCUGUAUUAUUAUUUGGACCUACCUACGCCACUACAUAAACCUCCGCAUACUUUACUCGACUCUCACCGAAUUUAGAACCGUCGGGCCCUAUGGAAUCGAUUGGGAGACAGAGCAAUAUAAGGGCUUACUUUCCAACGUCGUCACAUUCGGAUUAUUGGCUAUGCUUCAGGCCCUUAAUUUAUUCUGGCUAUACUGUUUGUUACGAAACGCAUACCGGUUUAUUUUCCAUGGGAUUGCGAAAGACGAUCGAUCGGAGGACGAGGAGCCGGAAGUCGAUAUAACGCAGCAGAAGGCAAGCGCAAGUAAAAACGAAGCCUUCGCGUCGGCUAUGGAGAAACAUAAUGCUACACGGAGGCACGUGUCUUAGUAUUCGGUGUUGGUCAUCUUAUAUUGGGUUAUAAAUCACCGAGCCGAUUAUUCGUCAUGCAGGGGUGUAAUAUGCGUUCAAUUGGAAAUUGAUGGUAUCUAAAUAGGUACCUGAAUAAUGUG